AGCUAUAGCUGUACAUCGUGCAAAAGUUCCUAAAUCUCAUCCAGAUAAUGGAAGCGAUAUAUGGAAAAUAUUAGAAAGCCAAAGAAAGCAGUUUAGGGAAAUACUUGAAAAGGAAUUCGAUAAGCGUGGACAAUUUAAGUUCGCUCUAUGUUCUCUUACCAAAUUUCUUAUAGAUGAUAAACCUGGAAAUGAAAAACAGGGAAAAAAGAAUUCACGAACUGACUGGCUUAGAAAUACGCAAAUUAUAGUUUAUAAUAGAAAUGAAAUAGAUGAUUACUUAAGCAGUGCUUUCGAACAGAUCCUAUACCAAGUAGAGAAGAAAGGAGAUAAGACUAAUUCUUGA